AUGGCCGUUCCCAAACCAAAAAAUACCAACGUUCGGCUCCUCGCGUGUCUCGUUGACGAGGAUGAUACCGACAACAGCGAUUACCGCUUUCUUUUAGACAUGCGAGACGUCAAAUACGUGACCACAGCGCCAGGAACAUUUCGUGGGGCAGAAGAUGAUCGUACCUUUGAGCCUAUUCUACUUGGCAAGCUCCUUCCACCCUUUCCAAUCGGGAAUUGGAACAAAGGCUAUGUGGCCAAGGACCCUAAAGCAGGGGAAAUUACAUUCGUCAAGACCGAGACGAUAGACCUUACCGAGGUAGAGAACCUCUGGCAUCCGGUGAAGCUGAAUGAGUUGGAUUUUACACGUCAAAGCCGAAUAAAGCAACGAGUCCACAUUUCAACGCAUCCCAAACUUAACGACGGCGAACCCGUACUUGUCAAAAUAGCCGUUUGGCCUUGGGAAAUCCCCUAUAUCGAGGUUGAGACGACUGCCUAUCAACGUAUCAAUGACAGCGGCAUCGGCCCCAAAUUUCUCGGCCAUCUCACCGAAGGUAAGGACGGGCGGGUGGUUGGCUUCGUCGUUGAGUGGGUACAAGGCGCGAGGGCUGCGGGGUCAGGAGACAUCGACAGCUGUAAGAAGGCUUUGGGGCGAUUGCAUGAGCUUGGAAUCAAGUUCGGGGAUAUCAACAAACACAACUUUCUUGUACGGGAUGGGCAUGACGUGUUAUUGGUGGACUUCGAGACGGCGAAGCAUAACUGUUUACCCCAGGAACUCGAAGACGAGAUGAAGGCCCUUGAGAGCAGCCUAGAGGACACGAGUUUCCGGAGCGGAGUAGGACCAAUUGAUGAGUGA